GAGACUGGUCGAGACGAGCGACAACGCCACGUCUCAAACGCCGAUUGUAAUUUUCUCGCUAAAUAACUUAUAAUUUGAUUAGGGGUCAGUUUUUAAGGUUGCGGCAAAUCUACUUUCAUUCAACAAGUAACAGAGUACAUCCACGAAAUGGGAAAGAAAAAAGGCAAGAAGGGAACCCAACAAGGUGUAUCACAAGAUGCUGGUCCAUCCCAACCACAGCAACAACCACAGCAACCACAGCAACCACAGCAACCACAGCAGCAACCACGGCAGCAGCCACAGCCACAGCCACAGCCACAGCCACAGCAAGGGCAACAACCACAGCAGCAACAACGGCAGCAACCACGGCAGCAACCACAGCAGCAACCACGGCAGCAGUCACAGCAGCAGCCACAGCAGCAGCCACAGCCACAGCCACAGCCACAGCCACAGCAAGGGCAACAGCAACAGAAAUCGCAAGCAGAAGAACAAAGAAGACCAGCAUUUUCUGGAGGUGAUGGAAGAGGACGAGGAAGAGAAGGGAGGGGAGAAGGAAGAGGAAAAGAACAAGAAAGCAAAGUACAAUGGCCAUCACGACCAGGGCCACCCCAACAGCAGCCGAGGCCACAAGCCGGGCAGCAACGGCAAGGGGGACAACCUCAACGCCAAGGAUGGCAACCCCAACAACAGCCGAUGCAACAGACCCGGCAGCAACCAGAUAGGCCUCCAAGUACACAUUCAAGUGCUUCGACAUCGUCCUCAGUUAAGUCGAUAACAGAAGGAGUUUCCCAGAUGUCGAAAACAUCUUCACCAGCAAAAAUCGGUCCAGAAAAAUCUUCUAUCUCAGCAGCUUUGACAGCUCAACUGUGUGCCCAGAUCCCCACCAGGAGGAAUCCUAAGCAAGCAGGAACUAAGGGACGAAAAAUCACAGUGGAAACUAAUAUGAUAUCUUUAAAUUUUGGCAAAAAUUUUUGCUUGAGUGCUGUUCAUUAUGAUAUAACGUUUGAUCCAGACAAACCGAAAUUUAUGAUCCGAAACGUCUUUGAAGCAGUCAGGCAAAAGAUGUUCAGAGAUCGCUGUCCAGCAUUUGACGGGAGGAAGAAUGUCUUCAGUGCUCGAAACCUACCUUUUGGGGAAGGCAUGACAACAGAGGUAUCGGUAUUUAACAACGAAAGGCAGCAGGAGGUAACGUACAAGGUUACUAUGAAGAAGGUUGCGGAUAUUGAUCUUUCUUGGCUGAAAGAUGUUAAGCCAGGAAUGAAGUUCAAGGAUGUUGAUCAGUUAGGCCUGCAGGUUAUUGACGUUGUUCUGCGUAACGGACCUGCACUUAAAACAACGACGGUUGGAAGGUCUUUCUUUCAACCUCCCACAGGGAGUAUAAUAUCUCUGAGAGGAGGAAUGGAACUGUGGGUGGGAAUGUUCCAGUCAGCCGUGCUUGGUUGGAAGCCUUACUUAAAUGUCGAUGUGGCACAUAAAGCAUUCCCCAUCGGUCAACCCGUUCUGGAAUUAAUGAAGGAGCUUUGCCAGUCGAACGAUUUAAGAGCAGAGGACGUGGAUCGAAACAAAAGUAAAAUCGACAGCUUCUUGAAAGGCUUGAAAGUUACUUACGAGAUCCCGAACCAACCGAACACAAGGCGUACCCAGCGCGUCAACGGUUUGGUACGACCGGCGAAUAGGAACGAGUUCGACUCGGGUGGUCGAAGAUGUACCGUCGAAGCUUAUUAUGCCGGAGAGAAACACUACAGAUUGAAGCGUCCCGACUUACCCUGCAUUUGGGUUGGCCCUCGAGAAAAGAAUAUACAUUAUCCGGCAGAGUUGUUAAUCAUUGCUCGGGGCCAAGUGACCAAUAGGAAACUCGACGAAAUGCAAACGUCUAAUAUGAUACGAUACGCUGCUACGGACACUAAUACUCGCAAGAGAAAAAUUAUGGAAGCGUUCUCUAAAAUCGGUUACAACGAGAAUCCUUGUGUGAAAGAAUUUGGACUGAACGUGGGAACGGGCUUCUCAACGGUGGACGCGCGUGUUUUGGAUCCUCCGGUAUUAUCUUACGGUACCGAUUCCGGUGGAUCUCGACCCGUUCGUGUCAACAAAGGAGUAUGGCGAGCGGCUCGUUUCCUAAACCCGAUGCAUCUUCAAGCGGGCACCUGGACCAUUUUGAACUUGGAUGAACGCGGAUGUAGAGAUCAACAAUUAUAUAGACUUCAAGACGAGUUGAUAAGAGCAGGACAAGAAGUUGGCAUGGUAAUUGGGCCGCCUUUAACGCCAUUCGCAUCCAUGGAACCCCCUACGCGAGAUAUUCGCCGCAUUCAAGAAUAUUUCGAAAGGAUGAAAGGAUUACAAUUGGUAAUAGUAAUCGUGCCACUGGGUAAUACAUAUCAAAAAGUGAAGCAGGUAGCCGAACUGUCAACUGGUGUACUAACUCAGUGUCUGAAAUCAAGAACGUUACAACGUUUAACUGGAGCAACUGUAGGAAAUAUUUUGCUCAAAAUAAAUUCAAAGUUGAAUGGCAUUAAUCACAUUUUUGACGAAAAAGUACGGCCAUCCUGUCUAUUGCAACCUUGCAUCAUCAUUGGGGCUGAUGUCACCCAUCCGUCGCCAGAUGCAACGGAUAUUCCAUCAAUAGCAGCGGUCGCCGCGAGUCACGAUCCAAAAGGCUUCCAGUAUAAUGUAAAGAUACGACUUCAGCCGCCUCGAACUGAAAUAAUUUUAGACUUGCAGAAUAUAAUGCGGGAGCAGUUGUUAUUUUUCUACAAGAAGACUGGAUACAAGCCUAUGAGAAUCAUAUUCUACAGGGAUGGAGUUAGCGAGGGACAGUUCCCCCAAGUGAUGCAUCAUGAACUGGAGGCUAUCAAACGCGCAUGCACGAGUCUCAAUAAGGAUGGCAGUUACAAGCCUCCAAUCACGUUCCUGGUUGUGCAAAAGAGGCAUCACAUCCGUUUGUUUCCUACCGAUAUGAGGAAUUCCGAUGACAGGAAUGGCAAUGUGCAAGCCGGGACUGUUGUCGAUACCGAAAUUACGCACCCAUCGCAUAUUGACUUUUAUCUAGUUUCUCACGCUAGUAUUCAAGGUACAGCAAGGCCCACGAAGUACAGAUGUUUGUGGGACGAUGCAAACAUGACCGAGGAUGAAAUUGAACAGCUUACAUAUUAUUUGUGUCAUAUGUUUUCACGCUGCACACGUUCCGUGAGCUACCCUACUCCUACUUAUUAUGCCCAUCUUGCUGCAUUCCGAGCUAGAGCAUUGACACACGAGGUUAAUCUAGAUAUGCGCAACUUAAGCCGAGAGCAGGAGACAAAAUUGACUUUGAAGCCUGCAUUUAAUGAGAAGCCAAUGUUCUUUGUGUAAUUCAGUUUCAUGCUGAUUCACGUAAAUCAGUUUUAGAAAUAUAAUGUUUACGUGGAGAGGAAAGGCAAGCUCCUCUUUCGGUGAAUUACAAAGGACAUUUAUAUUAGACUCACGUUUGAAGAAGUAAUUCAUACUUCUCCCGCUUCUAUUCAAUUUGUAUUGUAUUUAACAGUGCCGUACAGACUCAUUAAUGUAGUUCAUGCGCAAAAACAUUGGUGACGGUACACCAAACUAUUUUUUUCAUGCGGCCUGCCAACACUUGUAGAAAAAUCUCACGUACGAGAGAGUCAAUUGAUAUCUUUAUUCCACGUUAUCAGAGUUUUUAACUAACUGCGUUAUUUUGCUUAAUUCUUUUCGCUAAUUACUUUGUUAAGAACGGUAAGGCUUAAGACUUUAUCACGAACACGAAUUACAAUACAUCUAGCUGCUGGACAAAGAGCGAACCGUCUAUGCCAAUCAUUCCUUCCGUUGCCUUUAGCUUUUGACUAUCGAAUUUCUGGAAUCUUCAAAGAAAUUUAUUUUACGCAAAAGCAAGGGAAAAUAUUCUUUUGUAUUUUCAUGGUACGCUAUUGUACGUUAUUAAGAAUACUUAACUGUAUAUUAUGUAAAUCAGAUGUAAUUCGAAUAAGUUUAUGGAAACAAAAACAAAAUCUUUUUGUCAAAAAGCUAA